UUAAUAUAGUCCCUUUCAGUAACUGCCAGCUCUUUGAUCCCUUCCAUCUCUUAAAUUACUUGCCGAAGUCAUGUCUGCCUAUCCCCUGAGGUUUUUUUAUGAAGUCUGUUAUUCUGUUCCUCAACUCUACUUUCCUUAUAAUAGGCAGUGAGAAACUUUGUCAUGUUUGCUUCUGUGAGAGCCAGUCACCAGAGCACUUCCACAUGUUCAAAUCUUGAUGUCCACUCUCCUAAGGAUCCUUUGGACAAAAACUGGAAGUAGACUGCAGUAUGGUUAAAUGGUGCUGGUAGCCCAUUUCCUCAUGGUGGUUCCCUUUCUAUCCCAAAGUUUUGCAGCACCUUCGCAUCACAUGGCAUGAACUAAAGUGCGCAUCUGUAGUCAUCUGGUGGAAGCAUGUGUGUUCUGUCAUAUCUAGCUGACAUAUAUCUCUUAUGUGAUCAAAAUACAGCUAUUCUUAUUAUGUUCCUGGAUGUGAGCUCAUCAUGGUUCAGGAAAUACUAGUAGUUUGGUCAUGUGUUAGAUACAUUUCAGGUCAUGUGGUAACAAAGAAAUCAAUGUUUUUUCAGUGCAUGCAUGAAAAUCUGUGUGGUAUGCUUUUGCCAGAAAGGUUCACUUUUAGAAUCUUUCCUUAGAAUAGUGGUUUUGUGAUCACUGUCAUUAUUGCUUUCCAUAUGUAGAAUCUCAGUCCAGUUUCAGUGAGUUCUUCCUUUCUAGUUAAAGGUGAAAUGAAAAGCACUCAUUCUUCUAAGUAGCUUCCUCCAACUUCUGAAACUCAAAGGUACUUUGAAUUGUGGAAGGUUGUUCACUACACAUACUGUAUUCCUAGCUGAUGGCUGCAUAAAGUCCCCUAUUUAUGCUUAGUUACCAUCACAUCACCUUCUGGUGAUGUGAUGGUAACUAAUCCAUGGUGGCUUAUGAAAAGGUUCAUUCAGUUCCUCUUUUGCACAUGGGCUGGAAUAGCUCCCAAGAGAGUAACCUCGUGGUUUCUCUUUUCUUCUUAGCCUGCCAUUCCUCAUUGCUUCCUUCAUUUUCAGAACUCAUUCCUGUUCUACAGUGCAGAACCACUUAUGUCUUAACUGUGGUUUCAGGUGAUAACUUCCCUCCUGGGGAAUGUUUUGUUGAUUUUUUUAUGUCUGUUUGUCUUUGUUACAGCUAUACUGCAGUUCUGUGAACUCUGCUCUCCAAACCUAUAGCAGUAUUUCUUUUAAUUUUCUGUGAACCUUAGCAUCUGUUCUUCAAAGCCUCCCUUACAGCACUGAAUUUGAAUCCUAAAACUCUCUUCCUUUUUAUUAUUGCAUGAAACCUCUCUCUUUUCCUGCCAUUAGCUCUUCAUGGAAUGCUCUCCCAUGUGUUUGUCUUCAGGAUUUAUCUUCUCUGCUUAGUCGGAAAAUUCUAUUGAGUGCAUUUUUGACCUCUGGCUUUGAAUCCUUUACCUUUGCACCCAACAUUUAGUUCUUAUGCAUCCACCGCCAGACCUAGAAGUCUGACCUAGCAGUGUCAUUGGUGAUCUUAUGAAUAGGCCUUGACAAAUUUCAAGGCAAUUGAAAUUGGCAAGUUGUCUUUGCCAGUGGAUGCUUGUGGGCAGCCCAUCUCCUAGGCGGACAGAAGUCAUUGUAGGUGUGGUGUCUUGGAAGUAUGGAAUCAAUCUCUAUGAUGGGAAGUCCUAAGAACCUCAAUGAAACUUUUCUACCAAAUGUUGCCAAUGGCAUCAAGGAUGCCCGUAAGAUCACAAUAGGCAUCAUUGGAAGCGGAGACUUCGCAAAGUCAUUGACAAUUAGACUUAUCAGAUGCGGGUACCACAUAGUUGUAGGAAGCAGAAACCCUAAACUUGCUGCUGAGUUCUUUCCUCAUGUGGUUGAUGUCACUCACCAUGAAGAUGCAGUAGCGAAAACAAACAUCAUUUUUGUAGCCAUACACAGAGAACAUUACGCCUCUUUGUGGGACCUCAAACAUUUACUCGCUGGUAAAAUUCUGAUUGAUGUCAGCAAUAAUACAAGAAUAGACCAAUAUCCGGACUCCAAUGCAGAGUAUUUGGCAUCACUUUUCCCAGAUUCCCUGGUUGUUAAAGGGUUCAAUGUCGUUUCAGCUUGGUCACUGCAGUUAGGACCAAAGGAUGCCAGCAGACAGGUCUAUAUAUGCAGUAACAAUGUUCAGGCUCGCCAUCAAGUUAUUGAGCUUGCCCGCCAGCUCAGUUUCAUUCCUAUUGAUUUGGGGGCAUUGUCAUCUUCAAGAGAGAUUGAAAACUUACCUCUGCAACUAUUCACACUCUGGAAGGGGCCUGUAGUGAUUGCCAUUAGCCUGGCAACAUUUUUCUUCAUCUAUUCCUUCAUCAGAGAUGUAAUCCAUCCAUACGUGAAAAAUCAGCAGAGUGACUUUUACAAGAUCCCUAUUGAGAUUGUGAACAAGACUCUACCAAUUGUUGCUAUCACUUUACUUUCUCUAGUGUAUUUAUCAGGACUUAUCGCAGCUGCUUAUCAGCUUUACUAUGGUACUAAGUAUAGGCGAUUUCCACUUUGGCUGGACAACUGGCUCCAGUGUCGAAAGCAGCUUGGACUGCUCAGUUUUUUCUUUGCAACAGUGCAUGUGGCAUACAGCCUCUGCUUACCUAUGAGGAGAUCGGAGCGAUACUUGUUCCUCAAUAUGGCAUACCACCAGGUUCAUGCAAAUGUUGAAAAUUCUUGGAAUGAGGAAGAAGUGUGGCGAAUUGAAAUGUAUAUCUCCUUUGGAAUAAUGAGUCUUGGAUUGCUUGCUUUGUUGGCAGUAACUUCCAUCCCUUCAGUAAACAGUGCCUUAAACUGGAGGGAGUUCAGUUUCAUUCAGUCUACACUUGGAUACGUCGCUCUGCUCAUAAGUACUUUCCAUGUACUGAUUUACGGAUGGAAAAGAGCUUUUGAAGGAGAAUAUUACAGAUUUUAUACACCACCAAAUUUUGUUCUUGCCCUUGUUCUGCCUUCCAUUGUAAUUCUAGGUAAGAUCAUUUUACUUUUGCCUUGUGUAAGUAGGAAACUGAGGAGAAUUCGAAGAGGAUGGGAGAAAAGCUAUGUUAUAGAAGAAGCAAGUGGGUCUGCUCCACAUCUCUCCCCAGAAAGGAUAACUGUGAUGUGAUGAUAAAUCAGUAUCUGUUAGCACUGUUGUAGAUGUUUGGGUUUGGAGGUUUUUUUUUCAUAAACUUGUAUUUGUAGGAGUUGAGUUAAAGUAUGAGUAAAGUCAUUGUGGACUUGCUUGGUGUACAGUACAAGCUCUCAACCAAACUAUGAGAAAUCUGUAACUAGAACACUACUACUUCAUAUAGCUACAAAAGUAUUUUUGUUUUGAGUUACAGAGGCCAGAUUAUUAUGAAAUCAGAAUUUUUAAUAUUCCUUUGCACAGUUUUAUCACAACAGUAUUUUAUUAUAACCAUGCUUUCCAGAUAUUUGACUUAGAGCAUAUGUGUCAGAGUGCUAUUUAUUAAUGGCACAUUUUCUGGGUAGUGUUUAUUUUAUUAAAAUAACACUCCUGGGUUAGUGAGUUCAGAAUAUAGACUAAUAAAGUUAAUAAUUUAGGAAAUAAUCAAGUUUUGAAGCAAAUUAAUUUUUAAUGAUGUAUUGCACAUGUACAGUAUAUAUCUAUUUGUGUGUGGUUUUACACCAUUUCAGAAGUUGAAUAUGCAAAACCACUUUCAAUUAUGGUGUAAUUGUACAUCUUAUAAGCAAAUAGUAUUGUACUAACAGGGUUGUUUUUUCCAAAGUAUUACAUAAGAUUUUAGACCUUUGGCAUCUGUUUAUUUCCAUACAUCAUAUAAUGAAAAUUCAAAAUAGUGUUGUAUAGAAAGACAUGCAGGUAUGUAUGCAAGCAACUAAUUUUUUUAUUUUAGAAUUAUUUCAAAAUAUCAGGAAAUAUUUUAAAAUGUUAAAAAAAAGCUGAGAAAUCUACAAUAAAAAUCCAUUUUCACUGUGAAACUUCCAAUACGUUGGUACAACAGGGAAGUAUCACAAUGUUCAUGUUCUAUAUGUUUUUACACUGCUGUUUCAGUUAUUACAUAUGAAUUUCCCAGAGUCUGUCUUAAAUUCUUAAUAUCUUUUUGUGCAAAUUCAAUCUUCUAUUUUUAUAUGAAAGCCUUACUUUUACAAGUGUCUCUGGGAUAUGCCUGAAUUUUUGAGAAACAAAUUAUUAUUCUUAUACUUAAAAAUGAAUUUAUCUCUAAAAUUUGUCAUUUGCAUUUCCUGUGAGAUUCAAAAGAAUGUUCACAAUUACUUAUUACUACUGCUUUGUCAGGUUCUACUCUCCUCUAACAAAAUAGCCAAACUCAACGCAUACUGUCAGGCUGCCUCUGCUUCAUUAGCAAAACCUCUAUUUCAGUGAGUCAGAAUGUGGUCCUAAUUUUUUUACUUGUAUGAAAUUAUAUUUUUCUUAUCUAUAUUUGCACUGUCUAGGAUCUUUGAUCUCUGACUUUCUUAGCUGGACCUUCACUUAUUAUUUAUUACUUUGCAAGAAUUUGUCAUCAGUAGAAUACAUCAGAAAUAUACAGUACUUAAACUUGAAUUUCUCCUUAAAAAUCACUAGUCCUGUAAAUCUUACUAUCUCUGUAAUGAAACCAACAGCUCCACAGAAUAAGAAUCGAGAUUCAAACUUUGUCCAUGGUUAUGGCAACCUAAAUCUAAAGAGAUCAUGCUGUUCCAAAUUCAAAAAAUCUACAAGAAUUUUAUUUUCAUUGUAGUAUUCAUAUUCCCCAAACUUACACAUUGAAUCUGUGUGUAUUCUGGGAUUGCUGCAAAUCAAGAGGCAAGAGAUAAUUAAAACGUCUAACUUACUUUGCCUCUAUUUUGCCAUUCCAAUACAGGAGGCUGUACAGUUCUUGAAAAGCUUGCAGAAUUAUAUGUAACUGAAUUUCCUGACCCGUUUCCUAUUCCAUUAUUGCAAAGGGAAACCACAUAUAGCUUAAGCAUUUGUGCUUCAAUUCUUUAAAUAAGAUUAAUUUAAAAAAUCUCAAAAUACACAAAGUCAUGGAGAAUUAUAAUGGGAUAAAUACCAUGCUGCAUCUACCCCAGUCCUGUGCCCAAAACUUGAUUAAAAUCACUAGAAUGGGAUGGUAUAACUACGAGCAGAAUUUCAUACUACUGAACAAAUUUAAGGCAGAAACCAUUGCUGUUGAGAAUCUGAUGACAUUUCAAAAUUAAAUAUGCUGCUAUUAUUUUGUAGUAACUCUACACUUCUGUAGAAUAGGCAAUAAACACUGCUGUUCCCUACAAUUACCUAAUUCAUUUGAUGUAAUAGCGAUAAUGUUACAGAACUAAGAUACGGUAGUAAUUAAAAAUUCCUGUCAAAGUCAAUAUAUAUUGUACUGUAAUGCAACCACUGACAGUAUAUACAGAUAUGUAUUGGCCCUCUAGCCUAUGCAAAAAGUUAUUUCAUCAUUAAGUUUCUUCAUGAGUGUUUAAAGUGUUAAAUUUUGAACUGCCAAAGGUGUCUGGAAAGGAUAAGUAUGUGUUGCUUCUUUUUUUCAAACUGUGUGUGUAGAAAGUUAAAAAUGUGUUUUGAUUUUAUAUGUUACUUGAAAGGUUGAAAUAGUGAAGUAUUAAUAAAUAGAUGAUAUUUUUAGCUCAGAUAUAUAAAGGCAUUCUGUGAAAUAUUUGUGCUUCAAUAAGACGUGGUUUCCUGCUAGGCCAUCUAUUUCCUGCUAACUGGAAUAACAAGUUGACUUGUGAUUUAAUAUUUUGUAGUCUAUAAGGACCAAUUCACUCUAACAAGACACUGU